GUUGACUUACAUAAUCCCUUUAACAUCCUCCACAUAGAUUGCAUGAAACUUCACGGUAAGAUUGGUAGAAGAUGUGGACUACUUUACUCUUAAGUUUUUUUUAAAAAAAAAAAGAAGUAGAUAAUUUUCAUAUAUUAAGUCGUUUUGUCAGCACUCCAUCUUUCAAGUAAAAAUGGCGUUGCUCUUCCUCCUUGCUUCACAUCUAUUGGUCACGGUGAUGUCGAGGACCAUUACGAUAGAAAACAAAUGCGAACACCCUAUUUGGCCUGCAAGCUAUGCUUACGCCGGAGAGCUGCAGCCAACGGGUUUCCUUCUGGACAAGGGAUAUACGCGGCGUACCAUCAACGUGACGUCUUCAUGGAUAGGUUAUAUCUGGGGUAGGACGCUCUGUACGACCAACUCAUCAGGUGGAUUCUCAUGCGUCACCGGAGACUGUAACUCAGGCCAAAUCGAGUGCUCCGGUCCUUCCCAGCAUCUGGCAACUUUAGCCGAGUUUAACCUCGCUUCUGAAAAUAGGGAUGACUACUACGACGUCAACGUCAUCAAUGGUUACAACCUUCCUUUGCUUGUGACACCUGAGAACGAAAAGUGCAAAAGCAUCGGAUGCGUUGUUGAGUUGAACAAGACGUGUCCAUCGGAGCUGAGGUUAUAUAAUAGCGAUACCGGAUCGAGCGAUCCGUAUGCCUGCAGGACUUCGUGUCAGAAAACCCCCUCGCCGGAAAUUUGUUGUGUCGGUAUAAAAAGUGUUGUAGGACCGAAAGAAUGCAAGCGGACGAUCUACUCAGAGAGUUUCAACAAGACGUGCCCAGGCGCGUAUAGCUACACCUACGACACUAAUAUCAGCACCUUCACAUGUCCUCGCUCCUCCAAUUUUGUUGUCACGUUUUGCCCGUCUAGCCUAACAAAACCAGUAUCUGUACAAAAACCUCCAUUGUGGACCGGCGAAGAGCACAGGGCAGCCAAACCAUGGAAGCUAAAACUCAUACUUGGAAUUUCAUCAGUUUUAGCUUUGAUGAUCAUUGUUGCGGUUGUGGUAAUGGUGAGAGCAUAUAAGAUGAAAAAGAGUGAUCCGAAUGGGCAAAACAUUGAAGAAAUUGUAAUGUUGAAACGAUAUAGUUAUGUACAAGUCAAGAGGAUGACAAAAUCAUUCGCAAAUGUUCUUGGAAAAGGGGGAUUUGGAACUGUCUAUAAAGGGAAGUUACCUGAUGGCAGCCGAGAUAUAGCAGUGAAAAUCUUAAAAGAGUCAAAUGGGAAUGGGGAAGAAUUCAUCAAUGAAGUAGCUAGUAUGAGCAGGACAUCUCAUGUUAAUAUCGUUUCUCUGCUUGGAUUCUGCUUUGAAAGGAACAAGAAAGCUAUAAUAUAUGAGUUUGUGCCGAAUGGAUCCCUCGACAAGUUCAUCUCUCAGAAGAUGUCAGAAAAGAUGGAAUGGAAAACGUUAUUUAACAUUGCGGUAGGUGUGUCUCAUGGCCUAGAGUACCUGCACAACCGUUGUAUAUCAAGGAUUGUACAUUUUGAUAUAAAGCCACAGAACAUACUCAUUGCCGGAGAUUCUUGCCCCAAGAUUUCAGACUUUGGUCUUGCUAAGUUGUGCAAGAAUAAUGAAAGCAUAAUGUCAAUGCUAGAAGCGAGAGGCACGGCGGGGUAUAUUGCCCCUGAAGUUUUUUCCAAAACAUUUGGAGCAGUUUCUCAUAAGUCGGAUGUCUAUAGUUAUGGAAUGGUGGUUCUUGAGAUGAUUGGAGCGAGAAGCAUAGAAAUGAAUGAUGGAUCCAACAACACUUCAAUGUAUUUCCCAGAUUGGAUUUAUAAAGAUCUUGAGAAGGGAGAAAACAUGAGCUUUUUGGCAGAUCAAAUAACAGACAAAGAAGAUGAGAAGAUAGUAAAAAAGAUGGUCUUGGUGGGUCUUUGGUGUAUUCAGACCAAUCCAUUUGAUCGUCCACCAGUGAGCAAAGUAGUUGAAAUGUUAGAAGGAAGUCUUGAGGCUCUGCAGAUUCCACCUAAACCUCUUUUAUCUUUACCCGCGGUUACAAUUCAUAAUACUGUUGAUGCGAUUCAAGAGACUCCGAGCUUUUCAAGACCAAGUGUAGAUACUUCACACAAUUCCGAAGAACCAAUUCAAGAUAUUGUAAAAGAGAAUCAAGAUAGCUUAAGAUCUUUCUAAACCACAAGCAGCAAGUAAGAUCUUGCGAUCUCCUUACCCGUUUGUUGAUGAAUUCCAAAUUAGAUUUUGUUCUUAUUCACCAUUAUUCAUUCAUGUGGAAAUGACAACCCAAAAGAUUCUUUGCUUAUAGUAAACUAGGUUCAGACCCGCACAUACGUCCGAAAUUAUAUUUAUACAUA